AUGCCGUUGUCAAAGCGCCGGCAGCCCGUUUUGUUGCCGGAGCUGGCGCCCCCGAGCCGCGUAGCCGGUGGUGGCACCGCCAAGAUUGCUGCUGCUGUUGCCACCGCCGCUCCCACUGGUGCCACCCCGCGGCAGCCCGAUGCGGAAACGGAUGUGGGCACAGACACGAAGAUUGAGCGCCACCGCUACGCCAAGCUUCUUCUGCACCACGUGCAGCGCUACCAUCAGUUCACCUCCGUGGAACUUUUUGUUGAGACGGUGCUGCGGGAUAUUGCUCUCCAGGAAGGUGUCACACCGCAGGCACGCGCCGCGGCCGCGUCCUGGGCUAUGAAGCUUCUAUGCGGUACCUUCUCUAGGCCAUGGGUGAUGAAGGCCCUCGUGGAUGCCUUGUUUCCCGCCAUAUACCGAGACUACGAUGAGCAAAGGCUCGACCACGUCUCCCCUGCGAUACAAGUCCUUGUGAAUGACCGGAAUCUGCUCCGCGACAACCCGUACUUUUCCCACUCCAUGUACAUGCAGGACCUUGUGGUGGGCAACGCCACCAUUGAGGCUCUCUCAGGGCGGUUGCAGCGCACGCUACCAGUGAUCCUGCAAUGGAAAAAAUUUGUGCUCGCGCUCGUGGAAUACAUUCAAUAUGCGAGCAAACGAAAAUCGUUUUUGGCGUGGCGGGUGUUCACUAGACGACGUCGCGCAGACGAACUGCUUCGACGCAAUGUAAUCAUCCGCCACGAACAAAGAAUAAAAUCCUUGCGUAUGCAGGCGGCCUUCUUUCGGUGGAAGACCGCUGUGGAAUCCUCCCGCACGGAGUAUCUGACAGAGCGCUUGCACCAGGCAGCAUACCAGCUAGAGAGUGCAAAGAACCAGUUUCAGAUGCAGUGCUUCCGCGCAGAUAAGCUGCAGCUGAGCUGUGAACAGAGGCAGGCGGAUAUUCUGAUGUUCAUGAGCGAGCGUGAAGAGCUGCAGAAGCACGUGGAGGAGCUCAACGAGACGCUUAUCCUCAGAGAAAAGGAGCACCGGGAGCGUAUGAAGGUUUGUGUCAGAGAGCUGGUGAAGCUCGUGCAGCGGCAACGCUGCGUGCUGAGGAAAUCGAUUGACGCCCGUUUUCGCGUUGCGGAGGUGACGGACGGUUGGCUUGACGAGGCGCUGCAGGAACCCAGGUCAAAGAAGUUGGAUGCCACGACGGUGGAGGAGGACACCUUUCCGCCCGGCCACAAGUUUCUGUUGAAGUGGUGCAACCACAUCUACUCCAGGCGACGGACCAAACGGACUCUGCAGGUAGCCAACUUCGCCGCAGACUUUUCCAAUGGUGAGGCGUAUCUGCUUCUGCUGCAGCAUGUCUUUGCGGAGGACCAGGUCGUCACCGUCGCGCCCCCGAAGCUGCCGAUGUGGCUGAGGGGCCUCAGCAAACCCGAGCGGUUGGCUCGGGUGUGUCAGUUCGCCGCGAGCACGCCGCUUGUCAGUGCCCUGGGGCCGGAAGACUUUGACCACAUGCGGGAAGACAAGAUAGCCGCUUCCGUCGCAGAGAUAUUUUUAUUUCACGUCCGCGAGAAGCGGGUGAUGUACAUAGACGAGGCACGACGAAUUGUUAGUGACGUGGUGGCGCGGUAUGGGCCCAGCGCCAAUAACUCCAUCGCCACCCCGACCACCGCUUCUGCUGCGGCUGCCACGCAUGAUGAGGAGAAUGCUAGUGUUGCUGAAGCUGAGGCUGAGGCUGAGGCUGAGGCUGAGGCUGAGGCUGAUGGUGGUGGUACAGACGAGAGCAUCGCGACUAGCAUGGGUUUUAAUAACGAAGAAGGCCUCCAACUAAAAGUUAGUGAGUGGGGAAGCGAACUGGAGCUGUGGGCGGAGGAGCUGUACGCCAAUGUGCUAAAUGAGCACAAGUUCCAGCACUGUGGCGUGGCGAUAGGUCAGGAGGCCGACCACAUUAUGCGGGAACGAGCUCGGGGGCGGCCCGUUUACGUCGUGACAUCAAGCACAGCUCUUACCUUCACAAGCAUUAGCGCAAAAAACACGGAGGACCUCCGGGCGAGGGUCAAAACACCAAACUCGCAGGCAUGGAAGACGUUUUUGCGGACGGUGCUUAGAGGUGUGCUCUGGAAGCACAUUCAGCUUAUUGUCUCCCACUUUUACCACUUCGCCGGCGCGGAUGCACGGAAGAUGGGCGAGGAGCAGUUUUGGCGCUUCGCCGAGGAAACCCGGCUGACCGAAGAGCCCUUUUCUCCAUUGGUGGUGAUGCAAAUCUUCGACACAGUCACCUCUCCACAUCUCGCCGCGCUAUGGCGCUCCAGCGCGAAGGAUGAGGGGCGGAGGAAGGCGCUAGAGGAGGCUCAGGAAGAAAUUGAGCUACGCGACGUGAAGCCUGCCCAGUUCACGGAGAUCCUUGUGCGUCUUGCGGUGACGCAGCACACGGGUGGCAUCGUUGAGGCGACCGAACACUUUCUCUCGGGUCUCCGGUUUCCAGUGCUGGAGAAUGCUUUGCCGGUCACAUCUAGUUUCUACGAACCGGAGCCACAGCGAGUCGUGGCUUAUUUUAGGCACGAUCUGGCUCGCGUGUUCUUCUUUUACAUGAAUCGUCAGAUGGUGGAGAGCCUGCAGGGGCGAUUUCGCAAGGCUCAGGGCUGCGGACGCUUCAUGUCACGUCUCUCGCAUACGAUGUAUCUGAGAAUGUUUGUGGACUGCAAUUUUAUUCUGCCGGAUAACGAAGUUGACUCCAGCCGUGUUGGGUACCAGCGCAAAGCACGUUUUAUGUCUGAAGACGAAGUUCUGAAGAUGUUGGAGGUGGUGCAGGGGCGCAUUCCAUCUCUUCCUGCCGGAGAAAUGUGCUUCUCCCUCUUUCUUGAGACGUUUGGUGUGGCCUGCAUGUACUGGUGGCCGGACCCAAUUGUGCCAUUGUCGCGCAAACUUGCCGCAUUUAUUGUUGAUAUGGUGGAGAAGUUGCGUUUAGUGUUUAUGCGUGACACGCUGGUUUUGGGCCCCACGCCGUUCAUUUCUCUUGAGGGUGGCGUACAUGUGGAACUACUUUGA